AUGUCAUCCAAGGAAUUUUUUAAACCCAUCGGUACACUUGCACAGAAGGCAGACGAACUACCAGACGAGCCACAGGUUGCUGCUGAGGCGCAGGUAGACGAUGAGCGACCUCUGCAGGAAGUAGAAAGUUUAUGCAUGAGCUGUGGAGAGCAGGGCAUCACUCGAAUGAUGCUCACAAACAUCCCAUAUUUUAAAGAAGUUAUUAUUAUGUCAUUUAGGUGCGAACACUGUGGUAAUGAGAACAACGAAAUUCAAUCUGCAGGGGCUAUUCGAGACUUGGGCGCACUCUAUACUGCGCGUAUACUCGAUCGUUCUGAUCUCGACCGACAACUCGUCAAGGCUGAUACAUGCAACAUCGUUAUUCCCGAGCUAGAGCUCACUAUUCCGGCUUCCAAGGGCCAACUCACCACAGUUGAAGGCAUCAUCCGAGAUACUGUCCGUGAUUUGAGCCUGGACCAGCCAUUGCGACGUAUCCAAGACCCGGCGACUUACGAGAAGAUCGAAUCCCUUCUCACCAAAUUGAAAGACAUUCUUGGUGAUGACGAAGAGGAUGAGGAUGAGGACGAAAAGGAAACUACCGGUCCUGUCGAGGUCAAGAGUGCAUCCAAGUGGGACAAGCCUUUGAAGCCGUUUACAGUCCAGUUGGACGACCCAGCUGGGAACUCGUGGAUCGAAUUUUAUGGAUCGAUGCAGGAUCCCAAGUGGAGUAUGCGCCAAUACGAGCGGACGCCUGAGCAGAAUACUGCAAUUGGCAUUGGGUCGGCCGAGGGUGUGUCGGCGGUCCAGCCUAAGCAUGUGUCAAGCGCCAGGGAAGUUAUUGAGGCCAAGCGGGAGGGAGACGAUGAUGUGACGCCCAACGAGGAAAUCUAUGUGUUCCCUGGGAGCUGCUCGAGUUGUUCUGCCCCACUCGACACAAUGAUGAAGAGGGUAAUCAUUCCUUACUUCAAAGACAUCUUUAUCAUGUCCACCAACUGCGCUGCCUGCGGAUACCGAGACAACGAAAUCAAAUCCGGUGGCGCAAUUUCUGAUCAUGGUAAACGUAUUACCCUCAAAGUUGAAGACUCAGAAGAUCUUUCGCGAGAUAUCCUGAAAUCAGAAACCUGCGGACUUGAAAUCCCUGAAAUUGACCUCGUCCUGCAACCGGGCACGCUGGGAGGCCGAUUUACGACUCUUGAGGGGUUGUUGACCCAGGUGUACGAAGAGCUGGGCGAAAAGGUGUUUGUACACGGAGAUGCGGGAGCGACCAAGGACGACAAGUCGGCGUUUGAAACAUUCUUGGCAAACCUCAAAGAGGUGAUGCAAGCCAAGCGACCGUUUACUGUGAUUUUGGACGAUCCCUUGGCCAAUUCGUAUUUGCAGAACCUUUAUGCGCCCGAUCCAGAUCCUACGAUGACAAUUGAAACCUAUCAGCGCGCAUGGGAGCAGAACGAAGAACUUGGACUCAACGAUAUGGUAGUUGAGGGGUACAACGAAGAUAGCGGGGGAGAAGAGGUGCCUGAACCCGGCAAGGAUCAACCCCGGAAGGAGACUGUGGCUGAGAGUUUGAAAGAGGGGUUCAAGGAGGCGUUCGAGCAGGUCAAGUCGGGCGACACAGGGAUCGCGUAG